CCUGCGCAGUGCGCCGCGGAGGAGCUGUGUGUAUGUGAGAGUCUGACGGGUUCAAAAUGGCGGCGGCUGCUUCGGCGGCUCCUCCUGUGUGAGGGAAACAACACCCUCCCCGGCAUCGGCGGCGGCGGCGGCGGCUCGCUGAGCACCUUUCCGGCGGCUGGGCCUGUCGCCGCUCUGUCUGUUCUGGGCAAGGGGCGCCCCGGGAGGAGGAGCAACGCCAGGGGGCCCAUCCCCCGGAAUCCCUUCUCUGCGACUGGGGAGUAACCGGGGGCUCGUCCCGCAGCGCGGAGCCCGGGCUGAGGGGGCGACGCGAGGGCAGCCCGGGCCCCCAGCCCGGCGCGCCUGGCCGCUCCCGCCCUCUCUGCCCCCCGGGGCCGGGCCCGCGUUCCGGGGGGCCGGGGCGGCGCGGGGAGCCUCGGGCCGGCCGGUCUCAGCUGAUCGGCCCCGAUCUCGGGCUCCGGGGACGUCCGGCGGCUGCUGGCCGCGGGCACGGCGAGGCGGGCGCUCCCCGCGGCCGGGCCGGCCCGGGGCUCGGGCUCCGGCUGCUGCCCGCUGGCCCGGGGGAGGCGGGGGCGCCCCGGGCUCGGCGCCGGGGGGUCGCGCUCCCUCUCCCGCCGCCUCCGCCGCCCGGGCUCCGAAGCCAGAAGAGGAGGUUUGAUUCGGCAACUGUUUCCUCUCCUUUCCGGGUCGCCCUGACCCCCUGGAUACCGGGCUGACCCGCGGGGAAAAGACGGAGGAAGAGGACGUCUGGGAUUUCAUUUUUUCCUCUCGGCUUUUGGAAUCUUUUCACUUCUCUCUCGGUCAAGAACUCCGGAGCAAAACCCCCGUGUUGCAAUCACGCUGGUUCCCAAGGAGGAAGAAGGCAGCCCUGGAGUGGUUUCUUUACAGUAACUUCAACAGAAGAGUGAGCGAUGGAACCCGAAGAAGAGAGGAUUCGUUACAGCCAGAGAUUGCGUGGUACCAUGCGACGACGUUAUGAAGAUGAUGGCAUUUCAGAUGAUGAAAUUGAAGGGAAAAGAACUUUUGACUUGGAAGAAAAACUUCACACCAACAAAUAUAAUGCAAAUUUUGUUACUUUUAUGGAGGGAAAAGAUUUUAAUGUGGAGUAUAUCCAGCGGGGUGGCUUACGAGACCCUCUGAUUUUCAAGAACUCUGACGGGCUUGGAAUAAAGAUGCCAGAUCCAGACUUCACUGUGAAUGAUGUCAAAAUGUGUGUGGGGAGUCGUCGCAUGGUGGAUGUCAUGGAUGUGAACACGCAGAAAGGCAUUGAAAUGACGAUGGCUCAGUGGACACGCUACUAUGAGACCCCAGAGGAGGAGCGAGAAAAACUCUAUAAUGUCAUCAGCCUGGAGUUUAGCCACACGAGGCUGGAGAACAUGGUGCAGAGGCCCUCCACGGUGGAUUUCAUUGACUGGGUAGACAACAUGUGGCCAAGGCAUUUGAAGGAAAGUCAGACUGAAUCAACAAACGCCAUCUUGGAGAUGCAGUACCCUAAAGUACAGAAGUACUGUCUAAUGAGUGUUCGAGGCUGCUAUACUGACUUCCAUGUCGACUUUGGUGGUACCUCCGUCUGGUAUCACAUCCAUCAAGGGGGAAAGGUCUUCUGGCUCAUCCCCCCUACAGCCCACAACCUGGAGCUGUACGAGAAUUGGCUGCUGUCAGGGAAACAGGGAGACAUCUUUCUGGGUGACCGGGUGUCAGAUUGCCAGCGCAUUGAGCUCAAGCAGGGCUAUACCUUCGUCAUUCCCUCAGGCUGGAUUCAUGCUGUGUACACUCCCACAGAUACCUUAGUGUUUGGAGGCAAUUUUUUGCACAGUUUCAAUAUCCCCAUGCAGUUAAAAAUAUACAACAUUGAAGAUCGGACACGGGUUCCAAAUAAGUUUCGCUAUCCAUUCUACUAUGAGAUGUGUUGGUAUGUGUUGGAGCGCUAUGUGUACUGCAUAACCAACCGCUCCCACCUAACCAAGGAGUUUCAGAAAGAGUCCCUCAGCAUGGAUUUGGAGUUAAAUGGGUUGGAAUCUGGAAAUGGAGAUGAAGAAGCAGUGGAUCGAGAACCCCGGCGCCUGAGCAGCAGGCGUUCUGUCCUCACUAGCCCAGUAAGCAAUGGGGUCAACUUGGAUUAUGACGGACUGGGCAAAGCCUGCCGAAGUCUUCCAAGUCUGAAGAAAAGCUUGUCUGGAGACUCAUCAUCUGACUCUAGCCGGGGCUCGCACAACGGCCAAGUGUGGGAUCCCCAGUGUAGUCCCCAGAAGGACAGGCCCGUGCAUCUGACCCAUUUUGAGCUCGAAGGCCUUCGCUGCCUUGUAGACAAGUUGGAGUCUCUGCCGCUGCACAAGAAGUGUGUCCCCACAGGCAUAGAAGAUGAAGACGCUCUGAUUGCUGACGUAAAGGUUUUGCUGGAGGAGCUUGCCAACAGUGAUCCCAAGUUAGCCCUCACUGGCGUCCCUAUAGUACAGUGGCCGAAAAGGGAUAAGCUGAAGUUCCCCGCCCGGCCAAAGGUGCGGGUUCCCACCAUCCCCAUCACCAAGCCCCACACCAUGAAGCCCGCUCCCCGGCUCACCCCGGUGCGGCCGGCCGCGGCCUCCCCCAUCGUGUCCGGAGCCCGGCGGAGACGAGUGCGAUGCCGGAAGUGCAAAGCCUGUGUGCAGGGAGAAUGUGGCGUAUGCCACUACUGCAGGGACAUGAAGAAGUUCGGAGGGCCCGGCCGCAUGAAGCAGUCCUGUGUCCUCCGGCAGUGCUUGGCACCCAGACUGCCUCACUCAGUCACAUGCUCCCUCUGUGGAGAAGUGGAUCAGAAUGAGGAGACACAGGACUUUGAAAAGAAACUCAUGGAAUGCUGUAUCUGCAAUGAGAUUGUUCAUCCUGGCUGCCUCCAGAUGGAUGGAGAGGGGUUGCUUAACGAGGAAUUGCCAAAUUGCUGGGAGUGUCCCAAGUGCUACCAGGAGGACAGCUCAGAGAAAGCCCAGAAGCGGAAGAUGGAAGAGAGCGACGAGGACGCUGUGCAAGCCAAAGUCCUGCGGCCCCUGCGGAGCUGUGACGAGCCCCUCACCCCCCCGCCUCACUCCCCCACUGCCAUGCUCCAGCUCAUCCACGACCCGGUCUCCCCCCGGGGCAUGGUGACGCGCUCCUCCCCUGGGGCCGGCCCCAGCGACCACCACAGUGCCAGCCGCGAUGAGCGCUUCAAACGGCGGCAGCUGCUGCGGCUACAGGCCACAGAGCGCUCCAUGGUACGGGAAAAGGAGAACAACCCCAGCGGCAAAAAGGAGCUGUCUGAAGUUGAGAAAGCCAAGAUCCGGGGAUCGUACCUCACUGUCACGCUGCAGAGGCCCACCAAAGAGCUCCACGGGACCUCCAUUGUGCCCAAGCUGCAGGCCGUCACGGCCUCCUCCGCCAACCUCCGCCACUCCCCCCGCGUGCUGGUGCAGCACUGCCCAGCCCGGCCGCCCCAGCGCGGGGACGAGGAGGGGCUGGGGGGAGAGGAAGAGGAGGAGGAGGAGGAGGAGGAAGAGGACAGUGCAGAGGAGGGGGGUGCGGCCAGGCUGAAUGGCCGGGGCAGUUGGGCUCAGGAUGGAGACGAAAGCUGGAUGCAGCGGGAGGUCUGGAUGUCUGUCUUCCGCUACCUCAGCCGCAGAGAACUUUGUGAAUGUAUGCGAGUGUGCAAGACGUGGUAUAAAUGGUGCUGUGACAAGAGACUUUGGACAAAAAUUGACUUGAGUAGGUGUAAGGCCAUUGUACCCCAGGCUCUCAGCGGCAUCAUCAAGAGGCAGCCAGUGAGCCUGGACCUCAGUUGGACCAACAUCUCCAAAAAACAGCUGACAUGGCUCGUCAACAGGCUGCCAGGACUGAAAGACCUUCUCCUGGCCGGCUGUUCCUGGUCGGCAGUCUCCGCCCUCAGCACCUCCAGCUGCCCCCUCCUCAGGACCCUUGAUCUUCGGUGGGCAGUGGGAAUCAAGGACCCGCAGAUACGGGACUUGCUGACUCCGCCUGCCGAUAAACCAGGUCAGGACAAUCGCAGCAAGCUCCGGAACAUGACUGACUUCCGGCUGGCAGGCCUUGACAUCACCGAUGCCACGCUUCGCCUCAUUAUUCGCCACAUGCCCCUCCUGUCUCGACUCGACCUCAGUCACUGCAGCCACCUGACAGAUCAGUCCUCCAAUCUGCUCACUGCUGUCGGGUCUUCCACGCGUUACUCCCUCACCGAGCUCAAUAUGGCAGGUUGCAAUAAAUUGACAGACCAGACCCUGAUCUACCUACGGCGCAUCGCCAACGUCACCUUGAUCGACCUUCGAGGAUGCAAGCAGAUCACUCGAAAAGCCUGCGAGCACUUCAUCUCAGACUUGUCCAUCAACAGUCUCUACUGCCUGUCUGACGAGAAGCUGAUACAGAAGAUCAGUUAAGACACAGCUGGCCCAGACUGAACAGGAAACCGAUCUUCCCUGACUCCCUCGCCGGGAGAGCUCUCCCUGACCCUGCACAGGCUCCGAGGCCAGCGUCACACUCCCUCUGCUUUCCUGUCCUGUGAGCCCUCCCCCAAGAGGCGGGCAGAGAGGUGGACACGGGGCUUACCCGCCGCUCCCUCCCUCCUGAGGAAACGGAGGAGCGAACGGAGCGAAGGGGAAGAUCGGCCAGGUGCUGCCGGGUGCCAGCUCACCUGCACACGUGCCGCCAGCUGCCAGGAGGCCAAGCUCUCAGUUGGGUCGUCUGUGCAACUCUCAUCUGGGCUAGGCCCUGGGCCUCCUCCCGUCCGUGGUCCCCAGCAGGGCCUGGUUCCGAGCAGACUCCCAGGGAGGAAAGCAGCCCUGUCUCCGCGGCCAGGCUCUCCUCUGGUGCCCAGUAUCUCUCCUCCGUCACACUCUCCCGGCUUACAUAGGAGGGGCCCGGAGCCCCAGGAAUGCCAGACCAUGCAGGUCACACUGGUGCUGUUGAGGUGUCUAAGACCUCAUCUGUGUCUGUCCUCCCUCUUCUCCAGUUAGCUUGAUGUCCUGUCUGACGCACCACGUCCGCUCACGUAAUGAGGCUACCCACCCUAGACUCCCCGCCAGUCUCUGUGAGUCCUGAGGUCCUUGUUGCACUUAUUGGGGUUGAGGCUCUUCAGAGGAGCUGGAACUGUAUCCCAGGGACACCCCCAUUUUAUUGCUUCUAAGCAGGUUCUGAGAGGCACCAUCUCCUUGUUCCUGCCUGAAGAGGGCUUGCCCAGGAUGGGGUCCUCAGAGGGAGCGGCCUGCCUGCCCCGCUGGGGGAGCAGAGAUCUGGGCCAGGUUCCCACCUGCCUCCCAGCAGGCACCAGGCUCUAGUGUCCUGUAAUCCCUGGAGCCCAGGCCUGUGUCUGUCCCAGUAGCUCACUGAUCUGGCACCACUGGGAGGAGGGGGAGCUCCUGCUGAGAAGCCAGUCACCUGCCCUCUGCCUGCGGCCCUGGAAGGGGGUGUGCAUGUGCCUCUGUGUGUGUGGCUGAGUGUGUUACUCGUGUGUGUGGGAGGGAGGAGGGAGCAUGGUGUCUCCUACUUUACCUCCCAGUGUCAAGCCCCAUCAGCUGCCCCUUUCUUUGCAUUGAACGGCCUGUCCAAAGAUCCUCUCUCUAGGGCAGCAGAGAGCUUUUUGCACUUUAAAAAAAAAAAAAAGAAAGGUCGGAAUUUCUUUUGGGUCAGUGUUGAAACGUGUAAGGAGAUGCUCAAUAGCAGCAGCCUGUGGCAAGAGCUGACAAGUGAUAGAUGCGGAUUUGCACUCUGCUCUCCCUCCAGGACAGUGAUAGCACAACCUUGCCCGCCUCAUCCUCAUCCUCGGCCCCAUCCCUUCCCGUCCCCUUUCUGCAUCCCAGUCUCAGGCUCUUCUGAAACUCUAGGGGGAGGGCAAGGAGCCCAGGCACGGUGAGGAGAGACGCCCACUGCACGCUGCCACUUCCAAAGCAAUAGAGGCAGAGGGCCCCUCUUUGCCACCGGGCCCAGCUUUGACCCUGGCAUCGACUGGCCCAAGAGAAAACCGGGUCCUGGCAGGAGGGGAGAGCAUGGUGUAUAUCUUCCAAUCUGCUGAUUCUCUCGGCUGCACCUUAAAAACAGCAGUCUGCUCCAUGGCCCUCUGCCCCUCCCCUCGGUCUCCAGGCCCAGGGACCUGGGGGAAACUUGGAGGAAACGCCAGUGACUUAUUCCAGAGUGCCUCAGUUAGGGGAGCUUCUCUGUAAAGAACCCUGGGUAUUGAGCAAAAACCUUAUAACAUUGUUAAUCUAUAAUUGGAAGCUUCCUGCCUUUUUUGGUUGCUCCUGUGGAAAAUACUAAAAAGAUGGUUUCGUGUCUUUUUAUAAAAGGGGAGGUGGAGAGACCCCUUCAGCGCAGGGAUUGUGCCGGGAGAGUGCCUCUGACUUUGGGACAUUUCAUCCACAGAAAUUUCCAAGCUGGUGGUUUGUUUUGGGUUUUGGUUUGUAUUUUUGUUCGUUUUGGGUUUGGAAAAAUAAGCAUUUUUACCGUGCACGGAAUUGGUCAACGGAAAAGGAACCCAGGAGCGGCAGCAGAUGGACCUCCGCCCUUGCUGGGGUUUCCUUUCCUCAGACUGAGGGGGAAUGGUUUCCGAGGUGAGGGAUGGUCCACGUGGAGGAAAGAAGUGUUUCUGUUGGGGACAGAGGAACCGGGAGUUCCAUCGCAUUUCCUGCAAUCUGCUCUCAGCAUCUGCCUUGCCAGGAGAGCCUGCCCUCAGACCACGGGACCACACACCCUGCCUCCGUCUUUCCAAGCACCGGGGCGAAAAACCACAAAGGAAAGGAAGAAAAUUUAUAUAUAUAUAAAUAUAUAUAUAAUAUAAAAUCACUUGGUGAUUAAAAAAAUAACUGCUCCAUAAAUAAAACUCCUAAAGUCACUAUGUUUAAAGGGUUUGGUUGUGUUUUUUGUUUUUUUCGGAGAAAUAUUGUAAAUAUAUAUUUUUUGUUGCUGAUUUAGUCUGUCUCCAAUGUUGUGCUAAAAAUUUAAAUUAAAUGUAAGCAUUAAGGGGACAAGUCAUGCUAUAUCUCAGUUGACACAUAGGGUUAUUUCGGGCCAGGGAAAGAGGGAAGCUAGUUGACUUUUGUUUUCUAAACGUUCUCCACUAUUGGUUUUAGAGAAAGCAAGGACAUCUUUCUUCUGACACGGGAAUGGGAGAUAUUUGUGUAAUAAAAAUUAAAAAAAAAAAAAUAGCUUCCAAUGGGAAAAUUUGAUUUUUUUUUUUUUUUUUAUAAUAAAAGGCUUUAAAAACAACAACAAAA